CAAUCUAAGAUGGCGACUGUGGAACCGGAAACCACUCCUACUCCUAAUCCCCCACCUACAGAAACGGAGAAAACAGAAUCUAAUCAGGAGGUUGCUAACCCAGAACACUAUAUUAAACAUACUCUACAGAACAGAUGGGCACUGUGGUUUUUUAAAAAUGAUAAAAGCAAAACUUCAAACCUUCGACUGAUCUCCAAGUUUGAUACUGUCGAAGAUUUUUGGGCUCUGUACAACCAUAUCCAGUUGUCCAGUAAUUUAAAGCCUGGAUGUGACUACUCACUUUUUAAGGAUGGUAUUGAGCCUAUGUGGGAAGAUGAGAAAAAUAAACGGGGAGGACGAUGGCUAAUUACAUUGACCAAACAGCAGAGACGAAGUGACCUCGAUCACUUUUGGCUAGAGACACUGCUGUGCCUUAUUGGAGAAUCUUUCGAUGACUACAGUGAUGAUGUUUGUGGAGCUGUUGUUAACGUUAGAGCUAAAGGCAAUAAGAUAGCAAUAUGGACUACUGAAUGUGAAAAGAGAGAGGCUGUUACACACAUAGGGAGGGUAUACAAGGAAAGAUUAGGACUUCCUCCAAAGAUAGUGAUUGGUUAUCAGUCCCAUGCAGACACAGCUACUAAGAGCGGCUCCACCACUAAAAAUAGGUUUGUUGUUUAAGAAGACACCUUCUGAUUGUUCUCAUA